AUGGCAGGCCUCCCUCUCGCAAUUCCUGCUGCCGCUGCAGGUCUCGCAUAUAUCAAUGCUCGCCAUGGCAUCAGCUAUGACUGGCCGCUGCUCUCCUCCUUCAUCCCAGCGAUGCUUGGCAUAAUUCGCGCCGAACGCCGCGACCAGCUCAAUGUCUUCUACGAGCUCGAGGCGCUGGUUCAAGGCUCCCGCGCAGAUCACCCGUGGAUUAUUUUCCAAGGACAGACAUGGACAUACAAGCAGGCCUAUGACAUUGUCUUAAGAUAUGGCACAUGGCUGAAGAGCAAGGGCAUUCAGCCGGGGGAGAUAGUUGCUAUGGACUUUGUAAACUCAGAGACAUUUGUCUGGGUCUGGUUUGGGCUGUGGAGCAUCGGUGCAAAGCCAGCGUUUAUCAACUACAACCUGACAGGCAAGUCCCUCAUACACACCGUUAAGACGUCGACAGCGCGCCUGGUGCUCGUUGAUGAAGAGAGCAAGGCCAAUUUCGCCGAGCAUGUCAUGGUAGAACAUGGGUUCUCACCUGUUCCUGCGACGACAAUGGGCGGCAGAGAGGCUCAUUACGACUUCGAGAUGGACCAGAGUGAGGUACUGCGCUCAGUCAAGAGCCAGGCGUUGGCACAAGUGCAACAACAGGGCAUCACUGCCACGCCCCAGCAGAAGAAGUUGGAGAUUGUGUUCUUCGACAAACAGCUUCAGGAAUCAAUCCUCAUGCUCCAACCGACCCGCCAACCCGACUCCUGCCGUGCUGGCCAGAAGCGCAACAGUAUGGCCAUGUUGAUCUACACAAGUGGCACGACUGGCUUGCCAAAACCUGCCGUUAUGGCGUGGGGCAAGUGCAAUGGUGGAGCAAAGUACAUCUCUGGUUGGCUGAACAUCAAGGACGACGUGUUGUAUACUUCGAUGCCACUCUACCACUCCUCCGCUUCCAUCUUGGGAGUAUGCGCCGUUCUUCGCGCCGGCGGUACCAUCUGCCUUUCCUCCAAAUUCAGCCACAAGACCUUCUGGCCCGAGGUUAGAGCGAGCAAAGCAACAGUCAUCCACUACGUUGGUGAGACCUGCCGCUACCUGCUCUCUGCCCCUCCUUCUGCUCUGGAUCGAGCGCACCACGUGCGUGCGGCUUUUGGCAACGGUCUUCGUCCUGAUGUCUGGGAGCCAUUCAAAGAAAGAUUUGGCAUAAGAACCAUUUACGAGUUUUACGCAGCCACAGAGGCGCCAGGGGGGAUGUGGAACCGCAGCGACAACACGUUUUCCUCUGGUGCCAUUGGCCGGAGCGGGACUCUUGCUUCCCUCAUUGUUGGUGGAGGCAUGUGUGUCGUACGUACUGAUCCUGACGCCGACGGAGCGCAGCCUCUUCGCAACAAAGACAGUGGUCUCUGCUAUGUGUGCACUUGGAAUGAGCCUGGCGAGCUGCUGUACCAAUUGGACCCCGCGAAUAUCGAAUUGAAGUUUCAGGGCUACUUCGGUAACGACGGCGCAACAAGCUCGAAGAUUGUCAGAGAUGUAAAGAAGCCGGGGGAUGCAUACUUUCGCUCUGGUGAUCUCGUGCGCCACGACAAAGAAGGGAGGUGGUGGUUCGUAGACCGCAUUGGAGACACUUUCCGCUGGAAGUCUGAGAACGUUAGCACUGCCGAAGUCGCAGAUGCAGUGGGGCGACAUGCUGCAGUAGAUGAAGCAGCUGUCUACGGAGUCCAAGUCCCCGGUCACGACGGGCGAGCUGGCUGUGCUGCCGUGGUCCUGAAUGCAUCUGGAUUGUCCAGGUCAGACAAUGCAGAGAAGAGUAUUGCAGUCAAGGGAGAAGUGCUGGAGUCCCUCGCAGCGCAUAUCACAAAAGAACUGCCUGCUUUUGCGAGACCAAUUUGGAUUAGGGUCACCAAGCAGCUACAAACGACAGGGACAAACAAGCAGCAGAAGCACGUGUUGCAGAAUGACGGGAUCGACGUACACGCAGUCGAGCAGGCUGGUGAUGCGUUGUACUGGCUCAGCAAGGGAACAUAUGUCCCGUUCACGGCAGAGGAACACAAGAAGAUUGAAGGUGGGGGAGUGAAGCUGUAG